AGAGGUCCGCGAGAGAAAGGCAGAAGCGAUCACUUCCAAAUCUGCUAGACCUUGCAUGGAAGAAUCUCCCACCACACCGCAUAAUAUUUAUAAAAUCACCGGUCUGCAGCACUGGGAGUUAAUAAGCCUAAAAUGUCCCAGCUGGUGACCUCUGACAUGUAAAUGGCGUCCAAAGUGCGAGAUGCAGUGGUGUGGUACCAGAAGAAGAUCGGGGCUUAUGACCAACAGAUAUGGGAGAAGUCUGUCGAACAAAGAGAAAUCAAGUUUAUUAGACUGGGUCUGAGGAACAAGCCAAAGAAGACGGGCCAUGUGAAACCAGACCUCAUCGAUGUGGACCUGGUUAGAGGUUCUGCAUUUGCCAAGGCGAAGCCGGAGUCUCCCUGGACGUCUCUGACCAGGAAGGGCCUGGUCAGGGUGGUGUUCUUCCCCUUCUUCUUCCGGUGGUGGAUCCAGGUCACCUCCAGGGCCAUCUUCCUGCUCCUUCUCUGCCUCUACCUGCUGCAAGUGGCUGCAGCGGCGUUGUUCUUCACCAUCCCCGGCCCCCACGGUAUCCCCACUACUGAGGUGUUUGGGGCUACCUGGCUGAUGCUGCUACUGGGCACGGUGCACUGCCAGAUCGUCUCCACGCGAACCCCCAAACCCAGCGGCAGCCCCGGCGGCAGCUCGGGCAAGAGAAGAAGGCGGUUGAGGAAGGCAGCUAACUUGGAGGUGCAUAGGGAAGGAGACGGCUCUAGCAGUACUGAUAACACACAGGAGGGGGCGCCAAACUCCCACGGUAUCGCCACCGGUUCGCCGUACAGCCUCGGCAUCGCUCUCUUCCGAGAUUUCUGGCAUGAUAUCUGUAAAGCGGGGUCUAAGAAGUCCAAGCUGUCCAUAGAUAAGUCCACGGAGACAGACAACGGCUAUGUGUCUCUGGACGGGAGGGUGACCAGUAAGAGCAGCGAGGAGGGGCUGCAGAUCCACGCUGCGGGACCCCACCACUGUGACCUCCUGCUGAGGUCGGACGAGACGUGCUGGACGGGACUCCCGCCUCGCAGCGCCCUGCUGUUGCCCCCUGUCAGCAAGAUAAACAAGGAGAUCCAGAGUCGCGGCGUGGGCGUGGAGAAGAUGUCCGACGAGGCGUCCAGCGAGGAGGACGCUGAGGGGUCUUAUUCCGCCAUACGGAGGGGAGUGGAGCGAGUUGGCAGCGAAUGCACGUUACGCCAUCGGAGGACACACCUCUACAACAAACAUUAUGCCCCCAAUACCGAGGAGGCUCCCAAGUCGGGCACCAGCUGCAGUUCCCGGUGCUCCAGUCUGCGGACCCAGGACUCGGAGAGCACCAGGCACGAGUCCGAGACCGAGGACCUGCUGUGGGAGGACUUCCUGCACUGUGCCGAGUGUCAUUCCUCCUGCACCAGCGAGACCGACGGCGAGGGCGGAACCGCAGUCUGUCCUGCUGCUAAGAAGGAGUACCGGGAUGACCCCUUUCACCAGUUGUGUCCUCUACAGGGUCAUUCUUGGCUACACAGCUCCAACCCAGGUCUGGAGCGGGUCAGUGCCAUUGUCUGGGAGGGGAAUGACUGUAAGAAGGCUGACAUGUCGGUCCUGGAAAUCAGUGGGAUGAUAAUGAACAAGGUGAACUUGUACACCCCAGGUAUUGGCUACCAAAUCUUUGGUAACCUGGUGUCCGUGACUCUGGGCCUGACACCCUUCGCCUACAGGCUGUCUCAGUACAAAGACCUCGACCAGCUGACGCAGCUGUCGGCCAAUGAGCUCAUCUCGGUGGCAUUCGGCUCCUCCUCGGAUGUCAUGGUGAUCGUCAUGGUAACGCUAAGCUUCAUGGUCCGUGUGUGUCUCAUCUGGCUCUUCUUCUUCCUGCUCAGCGUGGCUGAGAGGACGUACAAACAGAGGCUGCUGUUCGCCAAGUUAUUUGGUCACCUGACUUCAGCUCGGCGAGCCAGGAAGUCAGAGGUGCCCCACUUCCGUCUGAAAAAAGUCCAAAAUAUAAAGAUGUGGCUCUCGCUGCGCUCCUAUCUCAAGAGACGUGGACCUCAGCGCUCCGUGGAUGUCAUUGUGUCCUCGGCCUUUCUUCUCACACUCUCAGUGGUUUUCAUUUGUUGCGCACAGUUACUCCACGUCCACGAGACCUUCCUUGACUGCCACUACAACUGGGAGCUGGUGAUCUGGUGCUCCUCCCUGUCCCUGUUCCUUCUCCGCUUCGUCACCCUGGGCUCAGAGACCAGCAAGAAAUACAGCAACACCUCCCUCUUACUCACAGAACAAAUCAAUCUGUACCUGAAGAUGGAGAAGAAGCCCAACAAAAAGGAGGAGCUGACAUUGGUCAACAAUGUCCUGAAGCUUGCCACCAAACUGCUGAAGGAGUUGGAUGCUCCGUUCAGGCUUUAUGGUCUGACCAUGAACCCCCUCCUCUACAACAUCACCCAGGUGGUCAUCCUGUCUGCUGUGUCUGGAGUAAUCAGUGAUCUGCUGGGCUUCAACCUGAAGCUCUGGAAGAUCAAAUCAUGACAGUAAGCUGAAUGGAUACGACUGGCUCUCUGGAUGGUGAUAUAUUCUCCGGCCACAUGGGGGCACUGUCGUCUUCUAUUGCUGUCUGAUGGUGGGCUUCUCUGUUUCCAUGGACUGACUGACAAACAGCCCUGUUCUCUCAGACUUACCAGUGCUCGCUCAUUUCACUUGUGCAAUUCAAGAUAUAUUUAUUUUACCCUUUCAGUGUUUUUUUUUUUUUUUCUCUUUGUAUUUUGUUUUAGAAAAAAAAAAUAUGUUUAAAAAAAAAUAAGUAUUAUUUUAAGCUAUACAGGUUUCUGUGUUCUCAGUGGGACCGCUUGGGAAAUAGCAAGACAACUCAGUCAACAGAAAAACUGUACAAAAACAAGGUUGAUGUUACAGCACUUCAGUGCAUGUGUGUGUGUUUUUGUGUGUGUACGUGUGUGUGUGUGUGUGUUAUGUAUGGCAUGUAUAGACUAGUAUAUAGGUACCACGCACCCACAUUACAGUGCAGCUCUGUGGUCAUACGGCCACAACAACACAAGACACAGACGGUCGUUUCACUGUGAGAACUGCUGCGAGGAGUUGUUUCAAAUCAUGGACUGGUUAUAAUGAAAACCUUUUUGUUUUUUUUAUUUACGGACCUACGUACACACAACUGUUUUCACUUUCUUGUAGCCUCCAUCUGUUUUUGUUUUUUUCCGUUUGCCGUUGCCCUUGACGACGACCACAGCACACCAAAGUUGUGAAUGAGAAAACUACGUUACAUACAGAUUAGCCUGCGUGGCAGCUAUGAUACAUAAAUAAAUUAUAGCUUGCUAAGAUAGAUUUUACGUUUCCCUCAGAAGUCCUCUGUGACAGUUGUGCUGGCUGGGCCGGCGUCAGACAAACCCAAACCCUGCCCUCAGCAGGUUUUCUCGGGGGACAGAACCGGGUCGGCUGUGCGUUCUGUACCCACCUCGUUAGGUCACUCCGACACAGGCUAAUGCACAACCAGGAUCGUUCUCAGCGUUGAGCGGGGAGAUCUGCCCUGCCACCGCCAACGGCCUGGGACCGACAACUGCUAUCAGACAAUAAUGCGUAAACGAUGUUACUCUCGGGGCGGGACUGUGCGGUACUCUCGGACCUGUUUUCUACACCAGAUGUUGAGGGAUAAUGUAUGCAGUCUGGCUGAACGUUACUGUAAUAGUCAUUUCUGUACACGAAAAUCGGUAAGGCGUGGCUCAGUGGUCAGCACAGCCCAGUUGAGAUGUUUCUUUUACAUCCUCUUGGUAUAGUAUUCUCUGUUGUGUGGCUUUUUCACAGCACAUUUGUGUUCUAUUAGUGGUUCUGUCAAUGAUUGGACUGAGUGGCGGGCAUCUUGAGGUUUGGACAGACCAGAAGGUCCUCAAACCAGUUGAUGUUGACAGUCAAUGUUGGCCGCUAAAGCUUUGAAUGCCUGACAAUGUGCACUUUAAAGAAGUUUAAAGAAGAAAAGGAAAAUGUUACGUUUUGAUGUCAAACAAGUUAUUGUUGUUAAGAAUUAAGAGCCUUUUUUACUUUUGUUGUGUGGCUGUCUGCGUGACAAUGACCAAAGUGCAUUUUAUUUGCUAGAAAAGAAUGUAUUAUAGCACAAAAUAACUGUUUUGGUUUCAAAUAAUUGAAAAUGCUUUAAGCAAAAAGUGUGUUGAUGUAGCUUUUUCUUUGGCAUUGUGCUUUGUUCCUUUUUUAUUUAAAAAUAUAGAUGGUCAGUCAUGAUUUGUAUUUGCGAGAGAAAAGAAACAAUUUGCUGUGUUAAAAGGAAACACUUGAGACUGAAAAUGUAGUAAAUUACUCUGAAAGUGUCCAAUUUGGCACACCAUUCCCUAGUGUACACUACCCCUGUACAGAGCCCGGAUUGAAAGUAGUGUACCAUGUGGGAAUGGGUUGCCAAUCCAGACGUACCCUUGUUUGCAUUGAAAUUCCCUCUUCAGCGGUCUGCAUAUUUAUGUUAAAGAAAAAAUGACAACUUUUUGUGAGCUGUUCUGUUUUAUCAAUUCUAGAUUUUUAUAUGGAAAAUUAAAAAAUUGACACCAAUAGGUCA